GUGGUUCUAGAAUAUGCUGGAAGCCGCACAGCAACAGAGCGCUUCCUGGAGCUCGUGAUUGGACGGGACGGUUGUUUGUUUGGCCAGCGAUUGGUCGCUGUGUUACAGAUGGACCUCGUGAAACAUACGGGCGGCUGUCACUGCGGGGCUGUUAGAUUUGAAGUAUGGAGUUCACCAGACCUUCAUGUUUUUCACUGCAACUGUAGCAUUUGUACAAAGAAACAAAACCACCAUUUCAUCGUUCCCAAAAAACACUUUACACUUCUACAGGGUGUGGAUAAUCUGACCACGUACACGUUUAACACUCACGUUGCUAAACACACUUUCUGUAAGACAUGUGGCGUUCAGAGUUUCUACAGUCCUCGCUCUAACCCUGACGGAUACGGUGUUGCUGCUCACUGUCUGGAUCCAGGUACUGUGCGCAGUGUCACAGAAGAGAAGUUUGAUGGUGAUAAGUGGGAAGAAAGCAUGCAAGCUCACAAGACCAUCAGGAAUAUGUCGAAACCCGAAUGAAAAAAACGGAAUUGGGGGGAAAAAAAAGAAAGAAUCAAAACUCAAUCAGCAUUGUCAGAAAUAUUCGUGUUUUGAAACGAUUUUCAAAAUAAUACAGUCUGAAUCUUGAAUGUACCUUAAAUAUAACCAGUGUGUUUUACAGUGCUUUGACUAAAAACAAUAA